AUGUUUCACCAGGGAAGAGGCAAUGCAAUUUUCACGGCGGCUGCUGCCGCAGCAUUGGUGUUGUGCACAGUGGCGCUAUUCAACGGUGAGGCGGCUAAAGCAGCUAGCUUCGUAGUAGGAGAUGCCAAGGGUUGGGUCUUUAAUGUGAACGACUGGCCCAAUGGCAAGAGCUUCAAAGCCUGUGACACCCUUGUGUUCAAUUACAACCCGAAGAUUCACAACGUGGUGGUCGUGAAGGAGAGUAGCAACUUCAACAAUUGCAAGGUCCCGGCUGGUGCCACAGUAUUUACCUCAGGAAAGGAUAAAGUAGGGCUUGUCCGGGGACAGAACUUGUUCAUUUGUGGCACGCCUAGGCAUUGUCAAUCAGGGUUCAUGAAGAUUAAUGUUACUGCAGCGUAGCCGGCCCGAUCAAGAAAGAGAGGCCAUGGCUAGUACAAAUAAGAUGCAACAAAGAAAUAAAAAGAUUUUGUAACCAAUAUGCAAGUGAUCUUAAUUGCCCGUGACA